AUGGAGGACGCGGCGCUGCCCCUGGGGGCCAAGGAGCCUGGCAGGGCGCGGGCUCUGGUCCAAAGCCUUGGGGCCUUCGCCCUGGGCUUGUCCUUGGCCACGGCCUACGGGCUCCUGGAGCUCCUGGUGGAGGGGCACAGCCCCUGGGGCUGCCUGGUGGGCACCGUCACUUUGGCCGCCUUCCUGGGCCUGGGCCUGGGCUUCUCGCGCCAGGUCCGCACCACCGUCUUCCUGAUGCUGCCCCAGGCCUUCUCCAAACAAGGACAGACAUUGCUGUUGCUGGCCGCCUUCGGGCUGGUGCUCCAGGGCCCUUGUGCCAACACCCUGCGCAACUUCACCAGGGCCAGCGAGGCGGUGGCCUGCGGGGCAGAGCUGGCCCUGAACCAGACUGUGCAAGCGCUGGAGCGAGCCAAGCAGCCCCUCGUCAGUGCUCUAAGCAAGAUUAAAGCUAUAGCCCAGAGGGCCAAAGUGGUGGCCGACCGGGUCCGCAAGUUUUUCUGGGCGAUCAUGGACGGUGUGAAACACGUAGCCAGGGCCCUGCGGAACGUGUGGUAUUGGCUCCUCCACAUUGGGGACGUGUGCAACUCGGAGCUGGGCAACCCUUACCAGAAGUGUGCGCGGGUGUUUGACGAAGGGAAAGACAACUGCAUGAAGGCCAUACCACAAGCCUACCACCUGUGCUACGUGCUCACGCCCUUCAAACUGGUGCUCUGUGGACUGGCCAGCCUGGUCCAGGUGUUCUGCGUCCUCCCCAACUACAUCCAGCCCUUCCUGCGCAAGACCAUCGGCACCCCUGUGAAGAAGAUGAUCAACCGCGUGCGUCGGGAGUUUGAGUUCAACGUGACGGCCACCCACCACUUCUCCGUGGACCUCAACGCCUCUCGGAGUCUGUCCCAGGUGGCCCUGGACCUCCAGGAGGCCGUCGGCAUGAAGCUGCUCCGAGCCCGGGAGGUGCUGGCCCUGAUGGGCUACACCCUGCCCCUGCUGCUGGUGCUCCUCUACCUCCAAGCCCUGUUUUACCGCUACGCUUACCUGAACCGGGACGAUUUCGACAACGUCUACAUCACCGGCCACUUUCUGCGCAUGGAGGCUGCCCGCGCCGUGGCGGGGCUGCCCACGGUGCUCCCGCUCAGCGCCCACGAGGCCACCUGCUACAUCCAGCCAGGCUCCAUCUUCCUGUCGCGGUGGGAGCGGGUGUUCUACGUCCUGGAGAUGCUGAACCUCACCCGUCACCUGCUCCUGGCGCUGCUGCUCGUCUCGCUGGACUACGCCGUCUUCUGGGUGCUCGACCUGGCGCGGUACCAGCUGCAAGGGGAGAUCGUGGCCCGCAGCCCUGUGUUAGUGUCUCUAACCGUGGAAGGGACUGGCUACGCGGGGAGCAUUUACCGCGACCUGGUGUCGGCGUUUGACGUCCUUCAACAGGGCAACAUCAGCAUCCUGUCUCGGCGCUGCCUCCUGCGCCCCUCGGAACCGGACAGCACCGGCUAUCUGGUCAUCGGUGCCGCGUACGGCCUGUGCUUUUUCGUCACCCUGUUUGGUAGCUACGUCAGCCGGCUGCGGAGGGUCAUCUGCGCCUCCUACUAUCCCUCCCGGGAGCAGGAAAGAAUCACCUACCUCUAUCACAUACUUCUAAAUCGCCGAACCAACCUGUUGGUCGCCCUGCAACGAGCGGUGAGGCGGCGGGCAGCUGACCAGGGCCACAUGAGUGUCCUCCAAGUGCUGGCCAUCCGGUGCCCAUGGCUGAGUGUUUUCGUCAGCCAAUUUCAGCUGCAUGAGGCCCGCUGCCUGGGCUGUGGGCAGACCCAAGAUGAAGGGGACACGGAGAACUUUGUGUACUGCGGUACCCCGGGCUGUAAAGGUCUCUACUGCCACACUUGCUUCCGUCUUCUGAGCGACACCUGCUCGGUGUGCGCGGCCCCGCUCUCCGCCCAGGAGGGCCUGGACUGGGAGCUGGACUCCAGUGACGAGGAGAGCCCCCGGCUGUGGCUGGCUGCCGCCCGUGGAAGGGCCCUGGAGCAGAAGCCCAUGGUGCAGCAACAGGUCCCGGAGGUGCUGGGCGAGGACUUCUUAGACGAGUCCACCUCGGAGUCCAGUGACCUGGAUGAGGAGGAGCCCUCAGCAGAAAAUCAGGCUCAGAAGCUCCUGCCUGAAGUCCAUCAGCCUGUCGGCACUCCCAUGCCAGCUGGGCCCCACUGA